AUAUUAAGCACCUUUUCAUCAUUUGCAGUGUCAUUCCUGUUUGAAAUAAUGGAAAACAGAAAUUAUACCUCAGAUUUCAUUCUGCUAGGACUCUUGAACCAUACCAGAGCCCACAUCUUCCUCUUUGGGUUGAUGCUGACAGUGGUCUUCAUUUCCCUGUUGGUCAAUGCCCUCAUGAUCUUCCUGAUUCACCAGGACCGCCGCCUUCACACACCCAUGUACUUUCUACUGAGCCAACUCUCCCUCAUGGACAUGAUGCUGGUUUUCACCAUUGUGCCCAAAAUGGCUGCUGACUACUUGACUGGCAAGAAGUUCAUAUCCCCUGUUAGCUGUGGCUUCCAGAUCUUCUUCUUCCUCACCCUGGAUGGUGGAGAGUCCUUCCUCCUGGCAGCCAUGUCCUAUGACCGCUAUGUUGCUGUAUGUCACCCUCUGCGAUAUCCUGUCCUCAUGAGUUGGCAAUUAUGCCUGAGAAUGAUUCUGGGAUCUUGGUUUCUGGGAGCAGCUGAUGGUCUUAUGCAGGCUGUUGCAACCCUAAGCUUCCCAUUUUGCAAAUCACAUGAGAUUGAUCAUUUUUUUUGUGAGCCUCCUACUCUGUUACGCUUGGCUUGUGUUGGCACAUCUGUCUUUGAGUACGCCAUGUACAUCUGCUGUGUGUUAAUGAUCCUGGUCCCCUUCUCUGUCAUCCUGACCUCCUAUAAUCUCAUCCUAGCUGCUGUUCUCCACAUGCGAUCCACAGAAGCCCACAAGAAGGCUUUGGCCACCUGUUCAUCACAUUUAGCUGUGGUGGGACUUUUUUAUGGCGCUACUACUUUUAUUUAUAUAAGACCCAAAUCCUACAGGUCAGCUAACCAUGACAAGAUUGUGUCAACUUUUUAUACUAUAUUCACUCCUGCUUUGAAACCCCUCAUCUACAGUCUGAGGAACAAUGAUGUCAUGGGAGCCUUGGCAAAGUGUACGGGUAAUUGUGCUGCCUUGAAUCAUCACUAA